UCUUUAUUUUAAUUAGAAAAAGGCGUAAAUUCCAUGAUAGCAUCUAUCACCGAUUCAGCAACAUAACAUAAAAUCAUCUCGAGCACUCUACCACCAUCACAAAAGAAUUUUCAAAAUAAAUAACACACACACACAAUAUAUAUACAAUAGAUUAGAUACAAUAUUUAAAAAUAAGUUUAAAAUCACAGACAUUAAUAUUAUUACGUAGGUAUACACAUUUCCAAUCAAUGUUUGAAAAAAAAUAAUAUACAUUCAAUUUAAUUUAGAGUUAAAGAUUGUAAGAUGAAAUUUGUAUCUAUAUUUGUUGCUUAUAUUGGCCCCAUCAUCAUCAUCACCCAAUUCGUCAAUUCAAUUGAUGCUUUUAACAUCAACGUCAAAUAUGGAGAAGUGAUUGUAAAUGGUGUAAAUGAAUGCACAUUUGAACACAGAGGCGAUACAUACACCUAUAAAAGCUAUGAUGAUAAUUUUUCAAUGAAAGGUAAAAUACUUUUCGGAAUGAUUGAGUACAACUGCGAAAAUAAUACUGGUGUAUUAGUUUCAUAUGUUGAAUGCAAACCAUAUAUAUUUUGCAUGUACAAUGAAUUAUUUCCAAAAUGCAGAAAUACCAAGGCAAAAUACAUUUUAGGAUUUACAUUUGGUUUGAGCGUGGUUGUGUCGGUGUAUCUAAUUUUACGGUUCUAUAGACAUAGCAUACAAUCAUGGUGGCGUUCCAUUCAGACACAAAACCGUGAUAAAAAACUUAUGAAGAAGAUAGAAAAACAUGAAAAACUUACAGGCACCACUCUACCAAAUGUACGUUUCAAGGAGAUCCACACCAAAAUUUUAAAUCCAGAGCAUGUGAACAAAAUCAAAAAGAAAAGAGAUACAUUUAUGUCUGUACGCUACAAUUCAAUUCCACAUAAAGCUUCAGCUGCCACAACCAAAAAGGUCACAACAUCAGAUAAAAAAAUAAAUCGAAACCAAAUUAAGAAAAUGUCAAAUUCGUUGGCGUUGCCGCCACCGCCGCCACGAAUUUAUACCCAAUUUUCAGUAAUACAAAUAUUGCUAAUAUUUGGAUUGUUAAUUAGUCUAGUUGGUGGAUGUGACAACAAACUAUAUAUUAAAUUAGAUGGGAGAGUAUGUGAGGAGAAUGUAUGUAAGGAUAUUAAAAUGGCAUCCUUUCCGAUACAAAGUGGAAAAUCGUUAUGUUUUAUAGAUACAGACAAUAAUGAACUAAAUAUAAAAAUAGAAAAUUCGUAUUAUCGCGCCCAUUAUCAUCACAUAUAUGACACAUCCGAUUUUGAAUUGAAAAUGGCCACAAUAUCUCAUUGUGGCUGGAAUUGUCCAGAAAAUGAUUGUGGAUUAGAUGUACAAAAUGAAAUUUUUAAACCUCUUCCCAACAAAGUUCAGGGAUUUACAUGUGAAACAAAAUCAACGUGUUUUUGGCCAUGUGUUGGUGGUUAUUCAUGCACUUACACCCAUUGGUGGUUAGAGCCCACGGGCAAUGUGGCCAGAGUCUACGAAUACACAUAUAGAAUUUGGGAAACAGAAAUAAAUAUUAAAUAUAAAGGAACGGAUAAAACGAUCAAGUUGAAUGCACAUAAACCAUCUUAUCAGAUCGAAGUUGUCCAUUUCUCCGUGGACAAUAAUUUGCCAAUUUUAUUGGAAUAUAUAUCGGGCACUGACUAUCAUCAACCAAAAAAUGUAAUUAAAGAUGAUAACAUAUACUAUUUAGUUGAAGCCUCAGAACUCAAUUUUCCAGAGACAGACAAAAUUGGUGAUUAUCAAAUUCAAAUAGAAGGUGGUAAUAGGAGUCACUUUUAUAAUCAUAACGAAAUAAGAUGUCAGGCAGAUAAUUGUCGAAGUUCUUGUCAAACGCCAGAACCAAAAUUGCGCCGAUUCAGAAAUUCGAAAAAACCAAACGACAACUUAUUCGGAUUUGAGUAUAAAGAUAAGCAUUACAUUGAAACAAAACAUAAAAUACGAGCAAAUUUAAAAAUAAUGAUUGGAAAUGUAGACAUUGCUAAUUUGAAAUAUGAGAAAGCCAACUGUGACAUUGAAGUAGUUUCAAGCUAUGGUUGCAUUGGGUGCAAUCAAAAACCAUAUAUAAUUAUCCAAGCAAAUAGCAUAAAACAAAAGGGCAUCAUCCCCUUCCAAAGCAACUGUACAUUUGACCAGCAAUAUUUGAGCUGCUCACACGAACCAUAUGCUCUUGAAAUAGAAGAGCUAGAUUCAUAUUGUUACAUCUUUAUGCCAAGCCUCAAUAAAACCAUAUACAUUGAUACAAAUAUUGAAUUUGUUCGCAUUUUAAAUCCCUCACAACCGCUAACAGUUUCUGAAACUCCCUUGGAAAUUGCAAAAGAUUUUUUUUUAAAUUGGGAUUUUGCAAAAGCUGCAAUAAUGACCAUGGCUGGUUCUAUUAUAUUUGGUGUGCUGUUAGGCGCAACGAGUAAACUUAUACAAGUUUGUAUAGUGAAUCAAGAAAUAAAGCGUAUGCAACAAAAUCAUCAAAUAUAAUGACAUUCAUCUCAUCAUUUUUAGUUAUAUAUCUUAUAAUUUUUAGUUUUAAUAGUAGUUGUAAUUAAUAGUAAUAUAGUAUUUGUUUUUUCCGCAAAAAAAGAAUACAAUUACAAUUGUGUGUGUGUGCUAAGGAGAAAAAAAUGCGGUUGCCAAAUAUUCGUCGCUGCAAGCAUCACGUUCAUCAUCACAACAGAGCUCUAUAUCUCUCUGCAUCAUCUCUAUCUCUCUUCGCGAUGAGCCGCCUGAAACUGAAUCAACAGAAAUUGCGUGUGUAUGGCGUGUGUGUGUGUUGAACGAGAAAAAACACAAAUAUUCGCUGACAUGGCUCUAUAAUACCCAAUUACCCAGCCAUCAGAUGUGACGAUAGCAACCGCACACACUCACACACAAACAGAAAAAAAAACAAAAAAACAAACAAAUACACAUAUAGUUAUAAGCUAACUUUUUCGUCACACUUUUUUCUUUCCACAUGUAUUCGAUUAGUAUUAUAAGUUUUAUGUUCUUAUCAUCAUUUCCUUUCACCAAUAAAAUUAUGUAAAAAAAAUGAGUGUGUGUGUGGCGAACGGGUACAAACACCAAAAAAAAAACACAAAUAUUCGCUGAGAUGGCUCUAUAAUACCCACCCAUCAGAUGCAAAGAUAGCAACCACACACAAACACAAAAAAAAAAAA